UGGAGUCCCACCAUGUCAGAUAAGGAACCGGGUCCCAAGGGUGCCACCUAGAUUCGAGAACCCCCCAUAGUGGCUGCUCUAAGUGAACCUAUCGACUGAAGCUCCCCACCAUGCGCUGCCAUCUCCGCCACCUCAUCCCUUCCUCCCGCCGCGCAUAUGCCACCAAAUACACCGGAAAAGUGGUGACAUCCACCAACAAAGGCCGCAUCUCCGCCAUCGAAGUCGCUGUCACUCCUCCGACGCUCAUCUCCGAUGUCCGCGGCUACCCACUCCCCCGCCGCGAGCUCAUCGUCGAAGCAACCAAACUCCUCCAAUCAAAAUCCGUCACGUCAUCGUCCGAUUCCUUCCUCGACCUCUCCGAAUACCUCCAAGCCCUAAACGUACCGCCAACCACCUCUGAAGUGUCUGAAAUUCUCAAAGCCCUUAAAUCCCCAACCCUAGCCCUCGAGUUUUUCCACUUUUGCCGCUCGCAUAUCCCGAAUUACCAACACAAUGCCUUCACUUAUAACCGCAUUUUGUUGAUUCUCUCGAAAUCAUCUCUCCCAGACAGGAUUGACAAAAUGAAAGAAAUUGUUGAUUUAAUGGCGAGAUUGAGGACUGCUGGGAACAUCUCCACCAUCAAUAUAUUGAUUGGGGCGUUUAAUACCGUUGAUGGAUUGGAGAAAUGUUUGGAGUUGUUGAAGAAUUGGGGUUUGCUGUUGACUUGUUACACUUAUAAGUGUCUUGUGCAAGCAUAUUUGAGGGCGAACGAUUUGAAUCGAGCAUUGCAGGUUUAUGCGCAAAUUCGAAGGAAAGGGUACAACUUGGAUAGCUUUGGUUACAACAUGCUUCUUGAUGCACUUGCUAAAGAUGGAAAGGUUGAUGAGGCAAACAAGGUGUUCGAAGACAUGAAAAAGAAGCAUUGCAGGCCUGAUGAAUAUACAUACACCAUUUUGAUAAGGAUGAACGGAAGGUUGGGCAAGCUGAAGGAGUCCGUAGCUUUAUUUGAGGAAAUGCUAUCAAAGGAUUGCAAACCGAAUUCAAUGGCUUACAAUACUAUGAUGGAAGCACUAGUUAGGAGCCGAAUGCCAGACAAAGCUAUGAUUCUUUUCUCCAAGAUGGUGGAAAAUAAUUGCAGGCCUAAUGAAUUCACGUACAGUCUCAUUCUCAACGUUUUAGUUGCAGAAGGACAGCUUGGUAGAAUGGAUGAGGUAGUGAAGAUAUCAAGCAAAUACAUGAAUAAGUCAAUCUACGCGUUCCUGGUGAGAAUGCUAAGCAAACUAGGCCAUGCAAACGAAGCACAUAGGUUGUUUUGUAUUAUGUGGAGCUUCCACGAGAAGGGAGACAGGGAUGCCUAUCUCUCCAUGUUGGAGAGCUUAUGCAAUGGUGGUAAAGUUACCGAGGCUAUAGACAUGUUGAGUACAACUCACGAAAAGGGAAUAAUGACGGAUACUUUCAUGUACAACACGGUCUUCACUGCUCUUGGAAAGUCGAAACAAGUAGCUCACCUCCUCAAUCUGUACGAGAAAAUGAAAAAGGACGGGCCGCCAGCAGACAUCUUCACCUACAACAUUCUGAUCUCUAGUUUUGGUAGAACUGGAAGAGUUGAUGAAGCUGUUAGAAUCUUCGAAGAGCUCGAGAAUAGUGAUUGCAGACCAGAUGUUGUAUCAUACAAUUCAUUGAUUAAUUGUCUGGGGAAAAAUGGUGAUGUGGAUGAAGCACACAUGAGGCUUAGGGAAAUGCAAGAGAGGGGUUUGAAUCCUGAUGUUGUCACGUACAGUACACUGAUAGAAUGUUUUGGUAAGACUGAUAAAGUUGAGAUGGCGUACAGCUUGUUUGAUGAAAUGCUUGCUGAAGGCUGCUGUCCUAAUAUAGUUACAUACAAUAUCUUAUUAGACUGUCUGGAGAAGUCUGGGAGAAGUGCAGAAGCUGUUGAUUUGUAUUCGAAGCUUAAAGAAGAGGGGCUGACUCCAGAUUCAAUCACUUAUGCUAUUCUUGAGAGAUUACAGAGUGGUUCGCAUAGAACGCAUAGAAUUCGAAAACAGAAUCCAAUUACUGGUUGGGUUGUUAGCCCCUUGAGAUGAAGCCGUUCUUGCUGCAUAUUCUUUUUGCCCAAGCUGCAUCGUGAGAUCCUUUAUUAUGCCAGUUCUCAUCUCCAAUUUGGUUUGAUCCGUUUGAAAUGAAGAAUAUUUUUUCCAAUUCAGAUUUGAGGAGGAUGUUGAAACGGCAAAGUCAUCUCCCAGCAAGAAGAAACUUUCUAGAGUAUUCUCUGAGGACUACGAGAUAGUGCAGAAGAAGAUAUUUGAUCCACGAGGAUCUUUUCUGAGCACGUGGAAUAAAUAUUUCCUAAUCUCAUGUCUGAUUUCCCUCUUCGUGGACCCCCUCUUCUUCUAUUUACCCAAUGUGGAGGAAGAAGCGUGCAUGCAAUCAUCCCUAAUAAAUAUUCCUACUGUUUCUGGUGGGGACUGCGGAAUCUAA